AUCAGCAUCAGCAGCAGCAGAACAGUGUUCAUUAUACGAUAAAGCUAUAUACUAUAUAGACACCGAGUGAUAAUCAAGUUUCGUAAUGAAGUGCUUCAUUUUAGCCGCCUUUUUGCUGGCCAGCUGCGCCAGCGCCGAGAACAUAUUUAAGAUCAACAUCACGCCAGAGGAGGCACAACAGUAUUUGAACAGUGCGCAGCUGCGCGGCGUCAAUGAGAUCGAGUAUGCGCCCAAGACGGGCGAGAAUCCACUGCCGGAGGCGCGCAAUGAACGUGGCGAGUUUGUGUACAUGGGACGUGUGAUAGAUCAUCCCGAGGACUUUGUGGAGGAGCACUAUGAUGCGCAUCAGUAUCAUGGCCAGGACGGUCUGGGCCAGUACGUGUACGGCUACAAGGACUGGAAUCAGGGCAAGAACGAGAAGCGCGACGAUGCCGGCACUGUCACCGGCUCCUACAAGUAUGUGCAGCCACAUGGUCGCGACUUCGUCGCCACCUACUAUGCGGACAGAAGUGGCUUCCAUGUGGAGGACAAUCGUCCCGCGCAUCUGAAACAGCCAGCCACUAAGACGCCCGCGGUGCUGAAGGCCGAGGAGGAACACUUCAAGCUGUGGGGUGAGCUGGCCGCCGCCGCCGGACACAAUCCCGAUCCCUAUGCAGCCGAGUACCAGCAGGGCGAGGGCGCCUAUCAGCCCAGCGAGGCCGAGACCAGGGAGUAUGUGCACGAGGAGAAGCCAUAUGUGCCCGGACCCGAAGAGACGGGUGAGCCGAAGGGCUUCUUCUAUGCCUUCGACUAUAACGUGCCGCUGCUGCGCAACAAGGCGGAACGCGAGGAGCUGGAACGCCUGCGCGCCGUCAACAACAAGGACGAAUAGAGUCCUUGCUGUGCUCGAUAUUAGCCUACGUACAUAGAAAUAUCUUAACUCUAAAUAUUUAUUCGAUGAUAUUAAAUAAAUGAAUCAGCAGCUAU